GUGAAGGUUAGGCAGACUACUGUUGCUUGACGAAGAGCAUCUGUUUUAAGUUUCUCAGCUGGUGAAGGAUUUGAUCUUCAUUUGAAAAAAAUGACAAUGAGAAGGCAUUUCAGAUGGCAAAAGCUAUUUCUUAUAUUAACAGUUUUUCCCUGCUGUUGCAGUGUGAAGGUGUCUAUCCCAGAAAAGGAAUACAAGGUGGCAAAAGGACAAGAUGUUACUCUGACCUGUUCCUUCAUCCCUGCUAAUCCUAUCAAGAAUAACUUUCUCCUCGCAUGGGACGUUGUUGGUGUUCCAUCGAAAGGUGUGGCCUCCUACUUUUUGAACAGUCCUGUUGACAUUGCUCCGUCUUAUGAAGGGAGAGCCUCUCUGGAGGUUAACAUUGAAAGGGGAAUAGCGACGCUCCACUUAAAAAAGGUGACCAUGGAAGACAGCUGCCAUUAUCAGUGCAGCGUCAGAAUCCCCAACGAUGAUGAAGGAACACCAAUUGCCUCCACUUCUGUUUUAGUCCUAGAGCCUCCCUCCACGCCAGUCUGCACUCUUCAAGGAAAUGCAGAGUAUUUCAAUGAUGUCACACUCACCUGUAAGUCUGAGGAGGGUUCCCCGGCUCCGGUCUAUCAGUGGACAAGCUACAGUGUUGAAAACAUUCCCAGACAAUUUCCACCAAAGACAACACAGAAGGAUGGAGUUUUGUCUCUCUUCAAUAUUUCGAGGGAGAUGUCUGGAUUCUUUAUUUGCAUUUCAGAAAAUAACAUUGGUUCUGCCAGCUGCAACUUCACCUUAGCUGUGAUGCCUGCCAGCAUGAAUCUUGGGUCUACUGGAAUUAUAAUUGGAGCAGUUGCUGCUGGUCUUUUGGUUCUGGGGAUUCUAAUUUUCUGUUGCUGCAAAAGAAAAAGUAAAAAGCAGGCUCAUGACGAGGGGUCCCAUGGAGAUAAGGUGUUUUAUGACAAAGACGGUUUGGAAGUGGGAGAGCCAUACUUGGAUGACAAGUCAAAAACUGAAAAAAAGCAGCCCAAUGAGUAUGAAGACAAAGCUAAUGCUCCUGAAAGCAAAUUCACCAUAGAACGAACGGGAAGGAAGUUUGAUGAUGACCAGCAGAGUUAUAAUAGUGGUAAAGAGAGGCAUGAUGGAAAGGGUAGUGAUACAGAUUCCCAGCGUUACUGCGGAGACCGGAAGGAUUACUAUCGUGGAAGCCGGGAUCACCUUGACGAUCAACGUGAACGUUACGGAAGCCGAGAUCGUGAUGAUCAACGCAAUCGGUAUGGAAGUCGAGACCGUCUUGAUGAUCAACAUGAUCGAUAUGGAAGUAGGGAUCGUCUUGAUGACCAGCGGGAUCGCUAUGGAAGUCGGGACCGCCUUGAUGAUCAACGUGAUCGAUAUGGAAGUAGGGAUCGUCUUGAUGAUCAAAGCAAUCGAUAUGGAAGUCGGAAUCAUCUUGAUGACCGUAGAGAUCGCCAAGGCAGUCGAGAUCGCCUUGAUGAUCAACGUGUUCGUUAUGGAAGUCGAGAUCGGCUUGAUGAUGGCUGUGAUCAGUACUGUGGCAGUCAAAACUUGAAUCGUGGAAGACAGGAUUGCAUCGAUUAAAGAGAUGAUUAAUGCAGAAAUCCAAGCGUAUACACGACCGGUCAAAAGUUGUAGAUAAACUUUCUCCUUUAAUGGGUUUCUUUAUUUUCAUGACUAUUUAAGUUGUAGAUUCUCACCAAAGGCAACAAAACUGUGAAUGAUCUAACAUGGAAUUAUAUAGUAAAGAAAAUGUGUGAAAUAACCCUAAAUAUUUUUAUAUUUUAGAUUCUUCAAAAUAGCUACGCAUUUCAAAAUAGCUACGCAUUGCUCUGAUGACUGCUUUGCUCUCUUGGCAUUGUCUCCAUGAGCUUCAUGAGGUGGUCACCUGAAAUGGUUUCCAAAGAGUCUUGAAAUAACAUCCCGGAGGGGCAUUGAGAGACGGCCAA